AUGGCAGGACGAGGCGUGUCAACGUUUAACCAGACAAUUAAUCUGGAUGACCAUGACAACUCCGAGUUAACUCGAGCGGUUCUCCCACGCACAGAAGAGAAGUACGAUCGGGCUCUUCGCAGAUUUGACAAAUUCCUUGCUCUGCAUCCAACAGCGGUAUCUCCGCCUGAUAUUCGAUCCUACAAAGGGUUUCUGGAAUUCGUGGCUAAAAACAUGAAGGGACGACUUGGGAGCAAGGAAAUGCCGACAGUAGAAACUGUUGACAGGUUUUGUAAAGAUUUCGAGGCUGGGCUACUUCUACGGCGAGAUUAA